CCCGCCAGUUUACUAUAAGUCGUCCGUAGCAUCGGUGUACUACUUUGUGUGCUACCAACUAUUUUUAAAUCCCCAAAAGGACUUCCUUUCUCUUUUUCCAAAUAAAUUUAAUUCACGUUACAAAGUUUUUUGAUGCUGUGAAUUGUACUUUCCGGCCUGAGGACUACUACAGGGUGUUGUGAUUAUAAUUGUUAUGAUCCUGGAAUGAUAACCUAAUCAUGGAUAUCCUUCAGCAUCCUCUGGACAAGGAUCCCCAGCGGUCUUCUACUAGUCAGAGGACCUCCUUUCUCAUAGAGGACAUUCUUUUUAGACCUAAGACCGGGCAUCCAAGCGGACACCCCAAUCAGAUGCCGUCGCCAGUGUCCCGCGCUCUAUCCCGCGCUGCUGAGUGCUACCCGCUCCUGCCGCCCGCAAUGGCAGCCGCCUACCUCACCUACCCUGGCUCCUACCUUCACAAGUCGGAGCCUUUCUUCCUCACAUCUCCAGGUCUGCCAUUCGGCUCGCUGUUCACUGGUAGCGCCACGGACUACGGCAGUAAGCACUGUCGACGUCGCAAGGCCCGCACCGUGUUCUCCGACCACCAGCUGACCGGGCUGGAGAAGAGGUUCGAGGCCCAGCGGUAUUUGUCCACGCCGGAGAGGGUGGAGUUAGCCACGGCACUGCAGCUCUCUGAGACCCAGGUGAAAACAUGGUUUCAGAACAGAAGAAUGAAACACAAAAAGCAGCUGAGGAAAUUGGCAGAAGAUAAAAACCACUCCAGUAAAUCGACGGCUGCUAUUUCCAGCUCCACAGGUUCGGAACACCCAGUCGACUUCUCGCAGGGCCCUGGCAAGCUGAUGUACUCUGGCGACGACGGUUCGGACUCCGAGGAUGAGAUCAUCGACAUAGUGGGAGAGAACAGCCGGUACCGUCAGUAGACUGACAAGAGUCAGAGACAGUCGCGCCUAUACCACGUGGUGCAGAAGAGCGGGGUUGUUCUGACAUAGGAGACUGCUUUACAGUGAUCACACCCAGCAUUUCAGUGCGCCAGACGAGAUGGAUUGUGAAGUAUUUUUUAUGUGUAAACUCUUUGGAUUUUGAAAACUUGAGUGGUGGUGAAAAAUAAACUACAAAACUGUUUAUUUCUAACAGUUGGAGGAGGACCGUAAUGAUUUGUUCCCAAUUUGAAAAGUUAAACCAUCGUGUUGUUAUCUGUAUUGGAAAGGACAGUGUUUUAUUUUUUAUAUUAGUCGUCAGUAUCUAAUACAGAUUAUGACUAGUUUAGUGUAAAGAGUGUCAACCUUUCUUGUACUUAAACAUCCACCUAUAAUUUGAUGUUUGCCUACUAAUUACUACUGGAUCGUAAGAACAAUCCAGUACAGUAUUUUAGCUAACCUAUCCAUUUAAUUUCGAGUGCCUCGAAUUGUAAUAAUUUAUUGUAUGUUUUUGCUACAUGUUUAAAAAAGAAAAGAGUGUCGCCGUAACACAGUUAUUGUCACUUGUUGAAGUCACUUUCCUUUUGAUGUUCCUUGUGACAUAGUGUUCAACUUUCUUACAUAUUCUUAUCAAAAUUAUUAUGUACUUCCUUUUCUCUCAUCCCUCCUCUAUUGCCUAUGAAACCAAAAAACUAUUGUAAUUAAUAAUUUUGUAAUAAAUUUCAUUUAAUGUUGCAGUGAUUUAAUUUAAUGAAAGUUUAGUUUAAACUAUUGACUAUGAAAAAUCAGUUUAUAUAAGUUGUCUCCCAAGUAAAAUUGACAGAAGUAUUUAACAAAAAUUAAAAUUGGCAUAAAUAAUGUAUUUUAGCAAUUUAAAAAUUUAAAAAGGUAGUGUAGCACGUUCUCUAUAGUAAGGUUACAAGUAGCAAUGGGUGCUGUGACUUCGGUGGUAGAAUUCACAAACAAAAUUAUAAAAAACAGAAAUUUUGGCAACAAAGUAUACUUUAUAAGUUUGAAUUUAAUAAUAUUUCGUGUUAAAUUCCUAAAAUUAUUCUAGUAUUGCUACAUACCGUAGUUAAUUUUCAAGGAUUUCCAUGAAAACUUCAUUUAAAACCAAUUUAUUAGAAAUCAGGACUAAUCCGUUUAUAUAGUCCAAUAAGAUUAUUAAAAAUAAUGAAGAAACACAUUUAUGGGUCAGACGAGAACUGUAAAUAAUCUUUAAAUGUUUUCUUACCAAAGUUCAUUAGUAUUAGUCAAGAUAAUAUUUUCUAAACAUCACCUUUUUAGAUAGUUAUUUAUAAUUUAUAUUUAAAUAGUUAAAUAAUGCAUUGUUUGUUCGAAACAAGCUAUCGGACAUUUGUAUUAUAGCAAUAUUUCAUUUUUGAUUCUUACAAUAAUUAAUUAAUAAAUCAUUAAUAUUUAAUUAUUGAAACUCAUUUACAUUUUUAAAAUUACAAAUUAAAUAAUCUUUUUUCUUAAGAACCAUGGCAUGUUUCCAACAAAUAAAUCAUAUGUAAAAAAGUUUCCAACGUCUUAAGUGUAGGAUUUCUGUGCUGUCCUCUUUAAAAUAAUAACCACACACAAAACUGUUUCAUUCUUGUAGCAUGACGUAAACCGAUUGUGUUUACGUUUCUUACUGCCCAGUACGCCGCGUGCAAAAAACAAAAGCGCCUUGUUCAUACCUAACUUAGUUCUCAUUGUUUUUAGCCUUAUCAUAUGUUCAAAGUGCCCCUAUGUACAUUUUCUGUGAAAUAAAUACUGUAUAUAACUUGGCAUAAUGUAUAUCUUGUAUUGUAUUUAUGUCGUACAUAUUUGUUUAGUGUAAUGUAUUGUACAAUAAUAAAAGUUACCUUAUGUAGUGUAA